AGAGUUUAAACCUUCGUAUUCAUGAGUUUGCCAUGAUAUUUGGAAAUUUUGAAAGCCCGCGUCAGUCAUUCUUUACUACCAGACAAGUGAUACGACAAUAAGAACAAGUGUUGAACGAUAAAAUCGCAAUGACGAGUACGAUUAAAGCCGAUUCGAUGAGUACGUCAUUGAGCGAAGAAGAGGAGGAUUAUUUAGACGACGUUGAAGAGAUGGGUUUCAUCGGAUCCCAGGACGAUCCAUUGUCGACGAAUGAAAUUAUCGAGCAAGAAACUAAAUCGGCUUCGAACGUGAACGAUAGAAAUCCUGGUCUUUGCCGAUUGUGCGCUGGCCAAGCGAUCAAUCCCGUUUAUAUUUAUUCAGAGUUUGGAGAGUCAAUGAAGCUUGCACACAAAAUGAAUACGUGUUUGAGUGUCAAGAUACGAAAAACAGAUGAUUUGCCAAAGCAAUUGUGUCACGUUUGCGUCGAGAAAAUCAAUUGGUGCGAUGCCUUUGACGAGCAAUGUAUAAAAGCGGAGGAGACUCUGGAAACGAUAUUACGAGAGGAAAAAGAACGUUCGGGAAAUACGGAAAUAGCUCCAAUGGAUAUUCAAUGUGACGAGGUGUCUUGUCCUUUGUGCGUCGAAGGUCACAUGCGUACGAGCAACGAGCUGAAGAACUUACAAUCAGAAUUGUACGACAGUGACAUCGUCUUGGAAAGCAGCGACGAAGAAAAAAUGUUGGGAAAUUUAGAUACUGAAAGAUUCAAAUCACGAGACAAUAUCGACGCGCUCGGCUCUUUCGGUAACACGCAACAAUAUUUGAAAUGCGGAGCUUGCAUGAAUCUGUAUCAUACGAAAGAGAGUCUCGACGUACACAAAUGCAAGCCAAACGUUCAGCUGACUUCGAGGCCCUGGAAAUGUUUCAUUUGCGAGGCGACUUUUCCAUUCGAAGAACGACUGAAUUUUCAUCUGCAAUUCCAUAACGGCGCUAAAGAGCUCUAUUGCGAGAUAUGUAAAAUACCGUUCGUCAAAGAAUUGAAAGCGUUUUAUCACUACAAGCGUUACCACUGUGAGGACAAGAGCGUUUCUUGUUUACAGUGUGGAAAGCUAUUUGUAACUCAACAAGAAUUGAAAAUCCACGUUUGCGUUGAUGGCAAAACUCGACCUCACGUUUGUGAGAUUUGCAGCAAAGGAUUUUCCGACGGUUACACACUGAAGCGUCACGUGGUAACGCACCUCCCGGAAAAACCUUACAAAUGCUCGCAAUGCUCGAAAAGCUUUACGCAAAAAUCACGUUUGAAUAAACACAUCGCCAGCCACGGUAUUGUAAUAGAAAAUGCCCAAAUAGCCUGGAAAUGCGUCAAAUGCGGUGAAACUUUUGAGACUUGUAACGAGGCCGAUGCUCACAAUCGUAAAUAUCACGACGAAAAAAUCAGUCUGAUCGAAGAAUUGACAACGUCCAAAAUUUAUCAUUGCGAAUUUUGCAACAGUUAUUUCAACGAGCUCGAGAAUCUUCGUGUACAUGAAAGUCUUCACGUUCUCGAAAAACCGUACACUUGCAAUAUCUGUGACACCGUUUACAAAUCUUACGCCGAGGCCGUUGUGCACUGGAAAGAGCAUCCUCGAAGUUUCCGCGUUGUCACUGCUUACAUGUGCGAUGUCUGCGGCAAGGAUAUGAAGGAAAUGUCGCUUCUGUACAAACACCGACGAAAGAGGCAGCACGUAACGCCUCGGAAGUCGGAAAAUGAUAAUUCUGUGAAGAAAUACGUUUGCGAAUUGUGCGGAAAAAGCUUUGAAAAAUCUGAAGGUAUAAGGAUUCACGGGAGGGAUCAAUGUUCGAAAUUCCCCUGCGAUAUUUGUGGCAAUUUAUUACCAACUGCGAAUUCGUUGCACGCCCAUAAGAGACGUCACAGUGGUUUAAGGCCGUACGUAUGUAACAUCUGUGGCAAAAGUUACACGCAAUCGAGCCACAUGUGGACUCACAAGAGAUUUCACAUGGGCGUCAAACCCUACGCUUGUCAAUAUUGCGAUCAAAGAUUCACCAUAAAACCCGACCUCGCCGAUCACACAAGGAAAAAGCACACGAGAGAACGACCUUUCAAAUGCGACGUUUGUAACAAAGCUUUUCUCACUGGAUCAGUCUUCUAUCAACACAGAUUAAUUCAUCGUGGCGAUCGACGCUAUAAAUGCCAUUAUUGCGAAAAAGCUUUCACUCGAACCGAAGCGCUAAACAACCACAUCAAAAUUCACACCGGUGAAAAACCACACGCCUGCGACGUUUGUGGAAGAUGCUUCAGACAAAAAGGAGAUAUGAGGAAACACAGGCGAACCCAGCAUAAUGUUACGAAAGAUGAAUUACCUUGAAAGGGGAAUUUCACAGCGAUUUAUUACCUACCAUUCAUACUCAUGAGUCUUUUUAAAAGUCUUCUCUUUUAUAUUUUUUCUCGAAGAUUCGUUUCUCUUCGUUAAAGCCAGUUACGGAUUCCGUCGUAAAUAUAUAUUUUUUUUUUCUAUGACAAUCGCAGUUGUAUGUAGAAUUAUACUCCGAAAUAUUGGUGAAUUUGUUCAAGUUUAUUCAUUAGAAAAUUAGCACGUUUUCUUUGAUUUCUACAGAAUAAUACUUAAUUUCAUUUUUGGUAUUUACUCGCAUUAGUCACAAAUCUCAUUCGACGAGAAUUUGAGUAGGGAUUUGAGCAUAAAGAACGCACGGUAAGUUUCAUUACUUAUUUUUUACAUUAAAUCCAAAGAUUUCGUUAUAUGAAAGGAUAAACUUCGAAUUUAGCCGGGUUUAAUGCCCGAAGUAUCAGAUUUCCGAAAUGUUUGUAUUUUCUCAUUUUUUUUUUUAAGGUAAUUUUCUAAUUUUUUAUUAGUCGGAUAGAUACAAAGAUGUU